CCAGCCAGCCCCUAGGGAUCCCUGCCUGGAAAUUUAUGCCCAGGAUUGAGUCCCCAUGCCCCAGCACUUCAGGCAAGCUUGGCUUCUAGAUCUAGCUGCUUUUUGAUUGGCUGUGUGUCUGCUGGCAAUCUCCUAUCCCUCUCUGGGCUUUCAUUUCCUUAUCUAUAAAAUGGGGACAGUAGCAACUGGAUUCUCCAGACAUAGUAUAACUUAACUGUUAGUAGUACUUUUCUGGCUUUGCUUAGGGUCUGCAUCGUCUCCCAAGACCCUAGCUCCCUGACUGCCUGGGGGCCCACCAGCCACCCUGGGCACCCCUCUGGGGCAGUGGGUGGUGGGCUGGAGACAGAGGCAGCACCCAGGAACCAGCUGUAGCUCUCAGCCUGCUGCUCCCACCACUACCACCACCCAGCUCCUCUGCCUACUAAUUGCAGGGUUGCAAGAUGCCAGCUGCCUCCCAGGCCCCAGGUGGGUGCCUCCCAGUGGAUCAAGGGCUCCCUGGAAGGCCUCCCAGUUCUCCUCCAGCCCCACAGACCCAGCUGCGCUGGGGUGGUCUCCAUGGUGCUCAGACUCUCCUCUCCCGCUCUGGGAGGGGCCCAGAAAAGGUGUAAACAUAAAGCCUUCCUCAGGCUUUCACAUUUCCCAGGCUUCCCCCACACCAGUGAGGAGCAUCCUGGGUCCCCCACCCCCGCUCAAGAACUAGCCAUGGCUCCCCACUGCUGGACCGAUAAAGCCUCGCUCCACAUCCUGGCCCAUGGUGGGUUUCAGACUUGCCCUUAAGCACGUUCCCCAGUGGCCUUGGUCUCAGGUCCCUGUUGCUCUAGGAUGAAGUCCAGACAGGCCCCUCUCUCCCGCCCCCACUGGCUUCCCCAGCAUCCUCUCCAUGCCUGCCCCACGGCUGGAGUACCAGUGGCGUGGUCAGACAGGAUGGCAGCACCACAGUGGCUGGGGCGUUCCUCAUCUGCUUGCACCGGGACCUCAAGCUCUGAAGGCAGGGGCCCUGCCUAUGGGACCCUGAAUCCCCUCCCCAACCCCACCACCAGGAAAGGAGGGGGAGUAGCAUUCAAAGCACAUGCACUGCCACCGGAGGUGGACCAUGGCAGGAUGAGGAAACCGAGGCCCAGAGACGGAAGGAACCAGCCAGUAAAUCACAGAACCAGGGUUCGAAUUCGGGCAACUCCUAAGACCAGGUGUUCUCGGCUACAGCCCUCAGCCCAGGUCUGAGCCUGGUUCAAAGCAGAGGCUCUGUGACUGUUCAGGGAAAGGAGAGGGGGAGGGGAGAGUAAGGUAAUAAUGGUGUGAACCGCUGUCACCAAGCCCUCUUCUCUUGAGAUCACUCACGGUUCUUUCUCACCCAGCACCUGACUUGAGGCUCUAACUUAGGCAGGUCUGAGAUGGGACGCUCACUACCUAGAUGAGUUAAACUGAGGUACAGAGAGCCAAGUGGCUUCUGCAGGGGCACCCAGCACUAUGUGUGAGGAAUCUCCAGCUUAUUUUAAUAGGCUCAUCAUCGUUUACUCCUUUGAUCUCCAUUCUAAUAACGAGAGCAGUCAAAGAGCUGCGGGUUCUGACCCCUAACUAAGCAUCACCUACCUGAGCCUCAGUUUCCACGUAUGUAACACGGGGUGCUGUGGGGAUUAGAAAGGACAUUUGUCAAGCCCCUAGCAUGGGCUUCGGCUCCCAGCGCUACUGUUGUUUGUCCACCUUUGUCCAAGGACACCCAUCAUAUCUGUGUGGAAGACCAGUUGUGCAGGCGGGAAACGUGCCCUUGUCCACACUGGGGUGGGGUCCUCUGUCCAGGAUCUGCCUCUGCCUGUCUGCCCUGCCACACUCAGCUGUCCCUGCUCUCCGUCCCAUCUCAGAAACCACCUGAUCACCUUCCCAGUCGCCCAGGUAUCUUAAUUCCAGGACGGAAUAGGGUUUAGGCGGUAACACUGGGAGAACAAAGGCAUCUUUGUCUGUUCUUGGACCACCACCCGCUUCCGACCAACCCGCCCCAUUGGCUGAUAAACUGGAGUUAGGUGUGUAACAAAAUCUCUUGGGAAUUUGUCUGGUGGGAGUCCCUUACCAGAUAAAAUUUAUCUGAUCCCCCAGUCCCCAAAGGGUAAACUGAGGAAGCCGCCAAGCUAAGGGGGAAAGGGUAGGGUCAGAAAAAAGAGGACCCCCGCCAGGCAGUCCGCCUCUGUUAUCUCUCUGGAUGCUCAUGACACCCCAGUGAGGUGACCCCAGGUAUCAUCCCACCUUAUAAGUGAGAAAACCAAAGUUGAGACCCUCAGGAGCUCCGUGAAUCCAGGCCGUUGUUCUCUAGCAAGGAUGCUGGUAACCACUGCCCAGCAGCUCCUGGUGUACUUUAACUGUAACUCACGCCCCUGCUCUGGCCUCCAGGGCCCUUGCAGGUCUGGAUGGUGUCUGUGCACGGCUUCAUCUACCACUCUCUCCCCAUCGCUUACCAUCCAGACCACUGGCCUCCUUUCUACUCUAAAACCCCAAGUCCGUUUCUGCCUCUGGGCCUCCGGGCACGCUCUUUCUUCUGCCUGCGUAUCCUCCCCUAGCUUCACGAGCUACAUAGAUGUUCCCUCUCCUGUGUCCAUGAACCUCCUUCUCAGUCCCUUGACGUCGAUUUUUCCGGAUGGUUUCUCCUGUAAUUACCGAUUUACUCACCUGGCUGGUGCUGACUUGCUAGCCUGUGAGUUCCCUAAGGCCUAGGAUUUGGUUCUUAUUAGUCACAUUCGUACCCCCGACACCAAUGCCUGCCACAUAGCAGGAGCUCACUAAACUUCGAUGAAUGAAUGAAUGAGUGAAUGGGUGAACACAUGAAUGAAGGAGUGCCCAUGCUCCCUCCCAGGCCCCUGCUCUGGGCUCCCCAAGGCCAGUCCCAGAGGCUCAGGUCAGUCCAAGGCAGCAAAGAGAUGAAGUUAUAAACCGGGGCAGGCAAAUGGACCGUGCAAAGUUUUUUGAGAGGAAACUCAAAGAUACAGUGCUAUUAAAAAUUUAUAUUUCAAUGAGAUAAUCCCUCUCCUAGGCUUUUAAUUGAUUGUCUAAAAAGCCUUCCUCUGUUGUUGUGCUUCUUUGUUUGCAGGGACCAUUAAUUUUUUUAUGGACGAUCAAACCUGGAUAGACUAGAAGGGCCACCACACAGCUGAUUCAAAAACAGUCACCAAGGCGCCAGGGACACCCAUCUGGGGGUCAACCAGGAGAGGGCCGCGCCCCUCUCCCCUGAGGGUGACUUGGACCACCUCCUUCCUCCUCCCUCCGGGAUGGCUCUGAAUCGGCCUCCACGCUCUGCUGCAAGGAUCGUGGCUGUAGAGGUGUUGUGAGCACCUGUCUGCCUGGCCUCUGGCCAGAUCUGCUUCUCUCCCGACCCCAGCCAUCCACGCCAUCAGCCUGACAGGCAGCCUCAGUGAGACCCCAGAGGGUCCCCAGCUGUAGAGCACCAAGCCGAGGCUGGGCUGGGCCGGCCGGGCCCCUGGCCCUUUCUUAAGUGCCUUGCCCAUGAGCCGGCCUCCCUCACUCCCUCUGCUGCUCCACGCUCCUGACACCUCUUUUCUGGGAGGGAGAGACUGGCCAAGUAGGGCCAUCUUCCUGGGUGUGUGGCUUGUGCAGUCACACAGGGCCUCGUACUUUGAAGGACCUUGUGUUUGGUUUAAUGCUCUGUUGUCAGUGUCUUGAAAUUACUACUAAUUUUACAAGGAGUCCCACAUUUUCCUUUUGCACCAGGCCCGGUAAAUUUUGUAGCUGGUGUUGCUGUCAAGGGACAGACCUGCUUCAGGAAAUGACCAGAGGGUGGGUCCCCAGAGCAGAGCCCCUGCCUUUAGCCAUCACUCGUCCCAUCCAGAGGACUGGCCUUAUCCCUCAUCUUCCCUUCCUCACAUUCCCCAGAUCCCCCAGCUCAGAAGCCCUGUGGCUCCCAUCUCCUCCCUAUGGGGGCUCUGAGCGGGGAAUGACUUCUCCAGGCAUCUCUAUGGGAGGGGAUUCUAGGGAGGGUGUCUUUUCUACGGGGAAAGCAAAGGGGUUCUCAAAUCCAUAUGUUCCCUCCAGACUGGUACCACUUUCGUCAAGUGGAAGCAUGGAAACCACAGAACAGAUGAGACAUGAAUUCAUUUAAACGAUCUGUAGAAUUCAUAAUAGCCCUCAGUCACCAUGUUUUUUUUUUUUCUCCAGGCAACAGAUAUUAAAGGUACAACAGCUUUGACCUUUUAUAGGUGUUGGAACAUUUUCCUCCAUCAAUGUGCAUCCUUAGAUGGUAAAAGGGUAGAAAUCCGUGCAGAGCAAACUGGCAAAAUGCAGCUAAAACAAAGACGGGUCACUUUUAGAAACCUGUCCUAAGGAAGGCUGUAAGCCUGUGUAAUAUAGAAGCGUGGAUACAAGUAUUUAGCCACAUAGCGCUCAUUGUGGCAUUGUUUACAAGAGCAAAAAUAGAGACAGCUAAACAGCCGGUGGUCAGGGGCUGGUGAAAUACAUGACAGCACAUUUCUCCAGGGGGAUGCUGGACAGUCAGCAAGAUGAAGCUUGUUAAAGAAAAGGGAGUGAGUAAAAAAUCAGAUCUGAAUAUAGCAUACAAUGCCGGCUUGGUCUUCUCUCCGUUUGUGUGGAAGAGUCGACACCACAAUGUUAGUGUCGGGGUCGUUAUUUUUCUUCUUUUUUAUCCCUGACUCUCCUGGCUCCUGGUGGCCAAUCGCCAAGGAGUCAGGGACACUUGACUUUCUGAGGAUCUCUUUUAUCUGUCCCUUGCCAUCACCCCUUCUCACUACCUAAGUCAGACCACCUCUCUCCUGUAAGACUUGCCUUCGCUUCCUGUCUUGCUCCCCACAAUUCCAUUGAGACCCCUCCAUGUAUUCUCUAAGGGCAGCCAGAAGGAUUUUUGCAAAAUGCAAAUUGGAUCCUAUCCCCUUCCCCGUUUAAAACCCUUGACUAGCUCCCUAUUACUCUUAAGAUGGAGACCAAACCCUUGAACUGGCCGUCAAGACUCUGCAUAGCCAGCCUCACUGAGCACCGUGCAUCCCCAUUCUCCCUCUGCAUUCCAGCCACUCGGGCCUCCUCCCACGCUCUUAUACAGGGCAGGCUGUCUUCAGCCACAGGACCUUUGCACAUGGCAGUUCCCCCAACUCAGAACACUCUGCCAUCCCUCUCCACCACAUUAACACACCCUUUUGCUUUCACCUUAAGAAUCACUUCCUCAGUAAAAGCCUUCCCAGGCAGGUCAGGUGCUCCCCAUACCUCUUCCAGCACCCUGUAGCCUCUUUCCCUCUCUGCCCUCAUGAGUUGCACCUGCAACUGUGGAGUUCUUAAAUCCACGCCUAUCGCUUUUACUAGACUAAGAACUCCUGAGAGGCAGGCUGUUCUUGUCGACCACCGUGUCCCCAGUGCCCAGCGCCUGGCACAGAGUUAAGUGCUCAGAUGUUUGUUGAAUGAAUCAGCGAAUCCGUGAGGGAGGGAAGGCUGACCUGACCACGCGGCCUCCCUUUACUGCUGGCUGCCAUGCCUGUCCAGGGAACAGCUUGUCAGUCCUGCUAGUAGCAUAUGACACAUGUGCUCAGGAUGGCAGCCCAGAGAGAACUGCCUAGAGAGAGCCAUGUGCUGGGAGAUGGGGCUGGAAUGUCACCUCCUUCCUGAGAGCUGCUCUCUGCAUCCAUCGGAAAUUGCCCCUUGCCCAGCCUCCUUGGAAGGAAGCAGAGGGAGCAAGGGGGCCCCAUCUCCUUCUUCUCCACCCCCCUCCUAGUUAGUCCCCUUUGACGUGAAGGUUCCUGGGGAGGCUGGUUUGUGUCACUGUCCAGCUGAGGGAGGGAGACAGAUCAGGGCCUCAUCUUGACUGGCGAACUGGCCCAGAUCUCAGUGCUCCUGUACAGCAAGUGGAGGGGCGCCAGCCUGUCACCGACAACAUUUGAAAAGAACUCACCAAUCUGAUGGCUACGGGGGAGGAAAUUGAGGCUCCAAAUGGUGAAGGGUCUUGCAGCACAUCUGGGAUCGACCCCCACGUGCUUCCCUGCCGCUGUCCUGAGUGAGGAUUUUCAAGUACCCCCUCCCAGCGGGACGCCUGGGACAGGCCCUGAGGCCUGGGCUGCGCUCAGCAUGGGAGAGGAAGCAGCACCCAGACGAGCUGCUGAAGAGUUCCAGGGGCAGAGAGCAGGGCCUGAGUGGGCUUGAGGUGACGAUUCUCAGCCUCUUGCCUGGAGCUGAGGAGAACCAGUUUUACUUCCAGCAGGCUCCGGGCGAAAGAGCUGCUAGAACAAUGCUGAGGCAGCCCCGACGGAGUAUCUCGAACAGGUGAUCGGAGGAGCCGGGAAACCGAGGCCACCUGGGCAUCCCUCCCCUCGCCUGGGCCGGCCAGAGCCUCAAAGACGGUGGAGAAACCAUGGCGACCAAUUUCAACGACAUCGUCAAGCAGGGCUACGUGAAGAUGAAGAGCAGGAAGCUCGGGAUCUACCGGAGGUGCUGGCUGGUGUUCCGGAAAUCCUCCAGCAAGGGGCCCCAGCGGCUGGAGAAGUAUCCAGAUGAGAAGUCAGUGUGCCUCCGAGGCUGCCCCAAGGUGACAGAGAUCAGCAACGUCAAGUGUGUCACACGGCUCCCCAAGGAGACCAAGAGACAGGCAGUGGCCAUCAUAUUCACCGACGACUCGGCACGUACCUUCACCUGUGACUCAGAGCUGGAGGCAGAGGAGUGGUACAAGACUCUCUCUGUGGAGUGCCUGGGGUCGAGGCUCAACGACAUCAGUCUGGGAGAGCCGGACCUCCUGGCCCCAGGAGUGCAGUGCGAGCAGACAGAUCGCUUCAACGUCUUCCUGCUGCCCUGCCCCAACCUGGAUGUGUAUGGCGAGUGCAAGCUGCAGAUCACCCACGAGAACAUCUACCUCUGGGACAUACACAACCCCCGCGUGAAGCUCGUCUCGUGGCCCCUCUGCUCCCUGCGCCGCUAUGGCCGGGAUACCACACGCUUUACCUUCGAGGCUGGCCGGAUGUGUGACGCUGGGGAAGGGCUCUACACCUUCCAGACGCAGGAUGGGGAACAGAUUUACCAGCGGGUCCACAGUGCCACCCUGGCCAUCGCCGAGCAGCACAAGAGGGUCCUGCUGGAAAUGGAGAAGAACGUGAGGCUGCUGAACAAGGGCACGGAACAUUACUCAUACCCCUGCACGCCCACGACCAUGCUGCCCCGCAGUGCCUACUGGCACCACAUCACCGGUUCCCAGAACAUCGCUGAGGCCUCCAGCUAUGCCGGUGAGUCACUGCUGGGCCCCACCCGCACCGGCCAGGAGGCUCUGUGGAGGACAAGGCAUGUUGGGCAGGGGCCUUCUGUCCCGGGCCCAAGGCCUCAGCCUGCCUGUGUGUCCACAGGUGAGGGGUAUGGGACGGCCCAGGCCAGCUCAGAAACGGACCUCCUCAACAGAUUCAUCCUGCUAAAGCCAAAGCCCAGCCAGGGGGGCAGCAGCGAGGCCAAGGCCCCUUCCCAGUGACGGCAGGGCUGGCACACAGAUGACCGCUGGGGCUGCCUGCGGCGCGCCACGGAUGCCAUGGAGGGGCUGUGGGCCAAGAGCCUGGGGAAAGGGAGCAAGCGGUCCCUUCUUUGCCCCCGAGGGUGAGACUGGACCAAGGCAAAGGGCUGGCCAUGCCACCUGAGCAUGUGUGAGGGGCUGGAGCUACCAUGGGACUAUAUACUGUUAAUGAUUUUAAUAUAUAUGGCUUAUGAUGUAUUCUGUAUUAAUAAGAUUCCCCCUCUGACCCUCCCUGCCACCACAUACACAGUUUUUAAUCCCACGACCAGGCCACAGUCAAGGCUGUUUUGAAUGUGAGGGCAGCGGUUUCCCUGUCCCCCAUGGUACCAGCCCUCCUGCUGCCAGGACCUGAGCUGCCAGGGCCAGAGGAGGGAGACACUCCACACUCCCGGCUGCCGUGCUGGCUGCUGGCUUUUCCCAAGCAGCCCAGGGGCGGAGACAGCAGGUGGCUUCUCAGUUCCUCUGGGCCUAGAGUGGCACAGGAAGGAUCCGAACUUACACUGUGCCACUUGGUAGCCUUGCACUUGGAGUUUUCAGCAGAGGUGACGUCUGGUUGACACCUCAGGUGAAAAAUCUGGCUUGAAAAUGGUUUCUGCCCAGACUCCUUCAUGCUUAGCAGGCUGAGGAGACGCCCUGGGGGUGGGGGGUGCUGGUUACCUCACCCAGGGAGGACAGCCAGUCCCGGCUCUUUCCUGCCCUCGGGCCAGGCCGGCCGCACAGGAGGACUGCGGUGAGGGGGAGUGGGGAAGCGCCCUGCUGCCCGCUCUCAGUGACCGGCGUGGGCAGUGCUCCCACAGAGGGAGCCCCUCUGCCCUGUCUGGCCUCCCUCCGGCAGCCAAAGUACUCAGAAGCCGGUCAGAGACCUCCCCAUUUCCUCCUCCACAUGGUGCUGAGGCUCCCUGCUGAAAUGCAAUUAAAGCAACUGAUUUUCUAGUGCUGGUAUUUACUGACGACCGUGCAGAAGGGCUAUCUUUUUACUCACAUCAAACCUUUAGUUGCGUGUGUGUUGGGUUGUUUUUAAUAUUUUAGGGUUCUGAUUUGAGGGAACAGACCUUCUUGUAAAUAACCAUUAUUCAAGUCGUGGCAGGAGGAUGCUAAAGCAAGAGGCCCCCUCCGACAGAGCACUGGAGCCCAGGAGGUGGCCACAGCCCGCUCAGCUCUGACCCUGACCCAGGGAAUGACCACCUAGAGGAAUAAGCUAGCCUGAAGAAGGGAGCCCAAAGGCCACGGAGGGGAGGCAGAGCUGGCUGGCUUGGUUAGUGGCACGAUGACGCAUGAAGGCGAUUACGUACGUUUUGCUCUUUAUUGCCAGAAAUAAAAACUUUAAAAGACAA